AUGGUUUUUAACGCCUCUGAUUCACAUGAACCACACGAGGCUCAUGACAGCCCUUACGCAAUCUUGUUCAUUUUUACAUCAUGUACUAUUGGAGGUAAGAUUAAAGCCGUACAACUUAACAUUCAGUGCAUCAAAUAUAAAUAUUUCUGGAGAAGUUAGUAAACACCUUUUUUGUUUCAGCUGUUGUUCGGCAGAUUAUGAAGGGUUGGCCUAUUCCUUAUACAGUCGUUUUGAUAGUUCUCGGACUUGGUUUUGGGGCAAUAUCAGGCGCAGUCCCAGAGUUACAGAAGUAAGAAAAGUAAACAUAUAUAAGCUAGUUACAAGUUAAAAAUCGUAAACAUAAACUUAGGUUUUCUGAGCAUGUGCAUUUCACUGACUUUAGCAACUUAUGGUGAGUUUACUCCCUAUUUAAAACGUGUAAGUUUGAGCCACUAAUAUCACACUGAAUAUGGACAAGGUUACUCUGUUAUUACCGUGGUACAAGGCCUUUAGUACAAGGCCGGGGGCACAGACUUUAGGCAGUUUUGCGCACAUCAGUUUUUAGAAGGAUAUCUCACUUUUCCGACAUAGACUUUCAUUAAAGUUUGGAGUAAAUCAAGACGGUCUUUUGAUUGCUUUAUUGAAAAAAUGAUUGUUUGACUGACUAAAAUAAGAAAUAAGCAAAAUCAGGACUCGAAAAAAACCUAAAUUCCAGCUUGUUCUUUGGGCAAGCAGCUCUCCAACAUUUUGCUCGGCCGGAAGCUGACUUCUUACCCGUCUUAGUUAAUGAUUUAGUUAGAAGAUGACUUGCUUAGACCCUUGCUAAUUUGGCCAGUGAGCCUUAUGUGUUACCACCCAGCAAGAAAAUCUACUUUAACAAGACUACCGCACGGGUCUCUUUUCGAGCCCUCAAAAUAAACGAUGUAAUGUUUUUUAUCAUCAUCUCUCUAACAGACACUAAGUUUUAAGAGGAAAAUAUAUAUUUAUUGGUUUGUUCAAGGUACACAGCUGUGUCCAGCCAAGACCCUCAUCUGAUCCUAACAACCUUCUUGCCUGUUCUGCUGUUUGAAUCCGCCUUUGCCAUGGAUGUACAUAUUUUUUACAAGAUGUUCUGGCAAGUUGUAAUAUUGGCUGUGUUUGGUCUGGCUGUAGCUACAGCUCUCUCUGGUGUCAUGGCCAAAAUGGUCUUUGUGGAUUAUGGCUGGACCUGGUUUGAGGCCUUACUAUUUGGUUCAAUAGUUAGUGCUACAGAUCCUGUCGCAGUGGUCGCCCUGCUUAAUGACUUGGGUAGGUAACCAUGGUAACAGUAGGUUGAAUCAUCCCCUCAUUAAUGUAUUUGUGUAGUGUGUGGCAUUAUAGGUAAAAUAAAGUAGUAUACACCAUACAGUUUCCAAAGUAACGACCUCGUUACUCUCUAGUGGCCCCCUCUACGGUCACUGCUUUUGAAGGAGGGGAAGAGGGCGGGGUCUAGGAGGGGGGUCGUUAUACAGUUGCACCGAUAUUUGGUCUCACGAUUGUGAUUUAUCAGAAAUGUGGCACAAGACUCUGGGAACGCAUCAGUGAAUCACUUAUUUUAAUCGCUUUUAACCAAUUAAAAAUGAGUUUUCUUGUACUGCGCGUACGUAAUUCACGCCAUUGCUGUCCAUUUGAUAUGUGAUAACAGUCCUCCAGUUUGUCUCUCACUCUUUUGUAUUCUUAUCACUACUAUUAUUUAGAGUUCUUAACACUAUAAUUAAUUUAAAGCAGAUGGAAUCCAGCUUUUUGACUUUUGUGGAGGCGCUUAGAAUCUCCGAAACAGUUCGGUUUCAAGGCAGUGGUAAUAUAUUAUGUAAACAGAGGCUACGAUUUCAAGUUAUAGAUUCCUAGCUCUUAUUCACUUGUUUUCUUGGUGCCUUUAGGAACAAGUAAGCAGUUGUCUACUAUCAUUGAGGGUGAAUCAUUGUUGAACGAUGGUAUGGCCAUUGUACUGUACAAGAUAUUUUUCAACCUGGCAUUUUCCUCAAUGACUGGUAAGAUGAUAAUUCAUUGGAUAUUUCCCCAAUUUUGUCGAUGUUCUUUUAUAUUGUUGCAGUUUCUCUUUCUUCCAAAUGAUAAUUCUGACUGGAGAUAGAAGACAUAGCAUUGAAAGAGUCUUGACAUUGUAACACCAUUGCUUCAACUACUGUUUUUGAAACACUCCAACGUAAAGACGCACUUAAACACAAACAACUUUUCCUUGAUAGUAUAAAAGGCAAAAUAACACAUUUUGCUGUCUUGUAAAGGAAAAACGAAUAUUGUUUAUUUAGGCUACUAAAUGAUAGUUUAAACUCAAAAUCAGUAUUAUUUCAACCUUUAAUUAAAACACCUUUCAUUACUAAGAUAUCGUUCACUCGGACGAUCAAACUCAACCUACUUUUGAAAUGACUUCUGGGUUCAAACCUUUAACAGCAUUACUGAGAUAAUCACAUGAUCCAGAGCAUCCGCUGUGCCAGUGACGAUGUUUUUCUUUUCUUUUAAACUGUUCAUGAAGACAAUUUCUUUUUCUCGUUUCGUACUCAGCUACCGAAAUUGGAUUGUAUUUCCCGCGCGUCGCCCUUGGUGGAUUCUUCUUUGGUCUAGUGGCCGGAAGAGUUACUGUAUUUUGGCUCCAACACGUGUUUAACGAUGCCAUGGUAGAAAUCACUAUCACCUUAGCUAGUACCUACUUGACAUUCUACAUAGGAGAAGAGGUGUUAGGUAUAUCUGGUGUGAUCGCCGUGGUUAUGUUGGGGAUCCAGAUAAACGCACUGAAAACUAGCAUCAGUCCAGAAGUUGAAGUUUUCUUGCAUAGGUAAGUGUUCUGGGGGCAAGACUGCCUUCUCUCUUAAAAUCCGUUGAUUUCUCAUGAUCAUCCCAGUCGGUGCGGUUGCAAACAAUGACGUGAUUAAAAAGGGAUUGAGACUAGAUUUGGUUCUUCUUCUUACGCCCUCCUUAUCGCGGAUUGCCGCUUGCGUGCAUGAAUAACAGGCUGAGACUGUGAUUCACUCCUAUGAAUGAGGGGCUACUUCAGUUGAAGAUUAACCCCAGGUAUUCACAAACUUGGAUUUAUUUGCACAUGACUAGAGAGAGAAAGAAUCGGAUCGUACUUUCCGUUAGUUUUGUCAAACGUAUUUUAUUGAAAUCAAAUUAAUUACAGGAUAAGUUACUUUUUACAAUUUCAAUAUUAGUUGAAGCAACAGACAAGGUGAGACUUACAAUUUGUCUCCCUUUGCUUCGCUAGCCUUCUUUGUAUCUUGAUGACUGUGACAAUUCAAAAUAUUGUCAUAACAACGUAUAACAGAUUCCUUUUAAAAUCAGUGUCCGCUUCGCUGAGAAGAGUGACAGAAGAGCUGAAAACGGCAAAUCAGUCUGCCCUCAGUUUAUUCUGGGCUACCGGCACAACUUAAUAUGAUUACCAUGUAGAUAUUUAAGACUUUUAGAUUUGACAACUCAUACAAUAAUUGACAGAAAGCAGUUUCUUAGCCUUUCUCUGAAGCAAUGGCUCUCUGUAACACUUUUUAGGCUGGGCUGGGUUGUUCAAAGCAAAGCAUAUGUGCGAAAUAUGAAUUCAGAUAUAAAAGCUUAAAAUGCAAAUUCAGUUUUAUUUUUUUGUCUACAAUUUGAUGACUGGAUGCUUUAAAUAGAAUAGAAAAAAUUAUCUGGGAAAAUGCUUCUGAACAAAAGAAAAAAAGGACGGGUCAAAAUUUAACGCUGGGUUAGCGCUAAUCGGCCUUGGAACAACUGGGCCCUGGUUAAUUCAUCUUCUAUUGCAGAGAUCAUAAGGGAACCAGCAUCACAACGAUCAACCUGUUACAAUACCGAUCCCGAGGGUGCGGUUACACGUAGGCUACCAUAUCGAUAUGGUGGUUUAGCUUUUUUUCACUCUUUGAUCUUAACGAUCAUAAUCCCCUCUUACAGGUCAUUAUCGUAACGGUCUUGGGUGGAAACCAACCUUUACUGACCAGCAGAAUGAAAGCUAUACUUCAGGAGCAAGCAAAUCUGCUCUGAAACCUCCUUCUACUCGCUCUUAAUCUCGUACUCGUAGUCUUAUGUAGAGGUCCCCCGGCUCUGUUUUUAAGUUUUUGAUGUUUCAGCCAAUUAGAGCAUGCAAGAACUGAUGUCCAGACUUUUUCCAUUUGUGCUCAGGUUUUGGGAAAUGCUGGCGUACUUAGCCAACACUCUAAUCUUCAUCAUGGUCGGUGUGGUCAUCAUGGAGAAAGCCCUUAACAGUCUCAACGAAUAUGAUCUGUUUCUUCUAGUGGUGGAUUAUUUCGGUGUUACUGUCAUAAGGUGA